AUGGCGGGGAAGAAAAAGCCCCGCGGACGGCCACCUCGCGCCUCUAAUGAAGCCGGGACAUCCAAACAAGACGACGCCCAGGCACCUUCCAGCAAACCCCCAAACCCCUCCCGAAAGCGCUCCAACCGUCGGCCUUUCACGGAGGCCGAGCCAUCACCCCCUACCGAGCCACCUCGAGUUCCCGACCACUUUCCCAACAACCAUCACCACCUAAUAACCCUCACCCAGCACAUACCCCGCGCGACCAUCGCCUCCAGAUGGACGCCCCUCGACGCGCCCUCCAUAACAGCCGUAACCAACUCCCUAACGGACGCCUCCCUCCCCAUCCUCCACCGCCUCCGCGACCGCGACGCCCGCCACGCCCAAGCGCAGUCCAUCCUGCGCACCUUUGCCACCCGACUGCGCGCCAAGCUGAUCAAGGGCAUGCCCUUUCCCCCGGCGUCCAUCGCGCCUACAUCCUCCUCCUCCAAUGGCAGGGGCAGGGGUAAGAGUAAAAGUAAAGGCGGAAGUCACGAGGUGGAGCUAGAUUUCGAAAAGACGGUUGACGCCAUCGCGGGGUUGGAGAAGGCGCUUGAUCCGCUGCUGCAUAGCGUUGUGUUGUUAAAGGCGGAGAAGGAACGGGAGGAGAGGGCGUUGGAGAGGGAGUAUGAGGUGCUGAGGCGCCUGGAGGAGAAUGCUAGGGCUCAGGUCAGGGGGUGGAGGGAGGGGAUGGCGAGGGGGAGGGAGCAUGUUUUGCUUGGGGGGAUUGGGAGCAGUCAUCUUGAGGGUAGGGUUGGUGGAGGGGAAUUCGUUGCUGCUGCUGCUGCCGCCGCUGCUGCUUCUUCCUUUGGGGAAGGAGGUGGCGGUGGAAUCUUUAAGGAUAUCCAGGGAGAGGAACUGCUGGCGCUGUCACAGCAGAUUGGAAAUCACAUGGACAGCAUGAAGAGUAAUCUGGGCCAAAUCGAAGGUGUGCUGCCGGCUAUUGCGAAAACCAGAGCGGCACUGCAGGGGACGCUGUGUGAGUAUCUGGAUCCGGAGCAGUAUGAGCAGGUGCUGCUUGGGUAG